CCUGUGAAAAUUAAGUUAUUUCUGUGAUAUUUCCACAGGUUUCCCCCAUUCCCCCUAAAUAAAAUUGGAAAGAGUAAAUAUCCGAUGUGAAAAUAGGGAUCAAAGUUUAAAAAAGGUUCCCCUAGAUGUUGGAAUUUAUUUCCAGAUUACAGAAUGAUUUAAUUCUAAAUUUACGUUAGGUGGGAUAUUCCAAAGGAUAACGGUAUUUCUGGUUAAACAAGUUGUGAAUAGCAGCUAUAAAUUUUGUUGCCAGCAAAUGAGUCUCAUAUUCAAGUAAUUUUCAAUAGUUCAACGUUCUCACAAUUUUGUUCCAAUGGAGAACAAAAUUUGGCUAAUAUUGCUUUACCUUGCAAUCUGCGUAACCUAUAAUUUGGGGGGUGAAAUAUGUAGUGAUAAUCCCAAAGCCUAUCAAAAUUAUUUAGGAACGAAAACGCCCUACAGAUUUGUUGGAAAUAAUACUUUUGGAAGAAUAGAGUACCCAGGAUGUACUACUAAGAAAAUUUGGAUGAUAGUGAGACAUGGCACUAGGAACCCCAGUCACUCGUUCAUUGAAUCCAUGAAUAAUAGAUUGCCCCAAAUAAGAGAUCUCAUAUUGAAGCAUAAUACAAUUUCAUCAGAAGUUUUACACAAUUCUGAUUUGAUGGCAUUUCAAAAAUGGGAUGCAAAGCUCCACAAAAAAGAUUCAAAAAAAUUAACACACGAAGGACAAAAUGAAUUGAUCAAUAUAGCUGAGAGAAUGCAAAGUAGAUUUCCAUCUCUCCUCAGUAAUAUUUACAGUAAUACCUCUUAUAAGUUCAAGUUUACCGAUUCACAAAGAACAAAGAAAAGUGCAUAUUAUUUUGCUGUAGGACUUUUCGGUAAAAAUACAGCUAAGUCAGUUUGGUAUCCUGAGCCCUCAAAGAAAGACCCCAUUCUGAGAUUUUAUAAACUGUGCAAGAAGUGGAGGAACGAUGUUAAACUAAAUCCUGAGAGCUUAUCGCACAGAACAGCUUUUGGAGCGAGUCCUCUGAUGACAAAGAUUGUUACAGAGAUUAGUGAUAGAUUAAAGUUGCCGAAGAACAGUUUAACAUUCGAUGAUGCUUACACCAUGUAUUCAACUUGUGCCUUCGAAACUGCUUGGAAAGCGAAUGUGAAGUCACCUUGGUGUUCUGCUUUCACUAUAAAUGAUAUGAAGGCAUUUGAAUACUACGAAGAUUUGAAAUAUUACUGGAUUGAUGGAUAUGGUUAUAAUUUGAAUCAUAAACAGGCAUGUGUGGCCUUUGAUGAUGUUGUGUCUUUCUUCAACAGUAAGAGCUCCUAUCCUAAGGCAACUGUUUAUUUCACCCAUUCUGGAACUCUUUUGAAAGUAAUGUCGCACUUUGGACUAUAUAAGGAAGAUCAACCGCUCACUGAGAAUAACUUCAACGAUAAAGUUGACAAUAGAACAUUCCGAGUUAGUCGCAUUGGAUCUUUUGCCACUAAUUUGGCGUUAGUGUUAAUGGAUUGUGAAGGAACCCCCAAAAUAUUAGCUCUUCAUCAGGAACGAAUCGUUAGGUUACCCAGUUGUCCCACAAGCGACCUCUGCGGUUUUAAUGAAACUCUAAGAUACUACAGAGGUGACACAGCUACCUGCGAAUUCGAAGAAAUUUGUGAUAACGGAACUGAUGAAACGGAUGAAGAGAACACAGAUGAUAGCAUUUGAGAACAAAAUCAUAACAUCCAGUGAAUAGACAAGCCAGUAGAUGAGUUUAGUUGAGAUAUAUUGCUAAUUCGAUAGUUAGGAAAGUAGAAAGCCGCGGUUUUAAUGAUUCAUACGUAAGUUAUGAAACUGAGAUAACAGUUUUAACGAAAAUGACAUAUUUUUGUAAGGAAAUAUAUUUUAUUUAUUUUGUAACAGAUUGUUAUUAAACUGCCAUGAAACUAA